CCGAGCUGGAUUGUAAAGCGGGACAGUCCUGAUGUAACCCGGGCAGGAGGCACCUGGGUGGUAACCUGGGCCACUCGCAGUGUUGCUAGCUCUUCUGAUUGCAAGACGCUCGCUGACAAUCGCUGGAGUUGAAGGUUCUUAAAGCCCCAGCUCCUGGAGUCCUGUGACUGUGUGAGAAUCUUUCAUUUAAAAAAAAAGCACCAUGUCCCAAAAGCAGCGAGAUCUGCUGGAACUGGGGCGGCUUGAAUACUUACAAGCGCUGGUCACCGAGUUCCAGAUAACAGAGAGUCCAGGAAUUAGACAGCCCAGCCCAUUUCAGCUGCUGCUUUCUUCACGUAAAUGCUGCUUAUAUAUUGCAGAAGCCAAGAAGCAAAUACUGGCUAAUCUAGCCAACUUCGCCUAUGACCCCAAGAACUAUGAAUAUCUCCGACAGCUUCAAGUCCUUGACCUGUUCCUGGAUAUGCUCACAGAGGAUAAUGAGAUCCUUGUGGAGUUUGCAAUUGGUGGUCUUUGUAAUCUCUGUCUGGAUAAAACAAACAAGGACUAUAUUUUGGAGGCAGAUGGAGUGGCACCUGUAAUAAACUGCUUAUCCAGCUCAAAUGAGGAGACAGUGAUGUCAGCAGUGACUACUCUGAUGUACUUGACCACACCACAGUCUCGCCAACAGACCACAGCGCUCCCGGUGGUGGAGUGCAUGCUACGUUUCUCCCUCUCAGCUAACAGGAGGCUAAGCAACCUAGCAAGGGUCUUCCUUGAGGAUUACUGCUCUCCUGUGCAGGUGGAGGAAGCCAGGAACCUGAGCAAACAUACAGCUGUAGGGAUCCCGCUCCCAAAGGACUGAUGUUAUGCAGAGCAGAUGGAGUAGUUUAAGAUUAUUAUUGCAUGAGAAGAAAUAUUCUUGACUCCAUCUUUAGAGCCCCCUCCACCUGCAGGAUAGGUCAAGAGGCUGGUGAAACCAGAAACUAGUGAAAGACAUUCCCAAAAUUCUGCCUCAGUUUGAAGGGGGCAGGUGGGGAGCGGGGACAUGGGUCCAGAAGACAGGAUUAGCAACUAAACUGCUACAAAACAAAUUAUGGCUGUUAGAGAGCAGGACAAGCGACUCCUGAACCAUCAUCCAAAUAACCAUUUCUGAUGUUACCAUUUCCAGCGUGGGUGUCAGGUAACGUAAACCCAACACAAUUCUUUUGCAUCACCUUUGCCCUAGCUGCAGCUAUUGCUGCCUGUCUUCUCAAUUAUAGCUUUGAAAUAUGUUUAAAUAAGUGUCUAUUUCUCAGUAGGAAAGAAUGCACCUUCUUCCCCUUACAAUUUGCAGUCUGAUCACAUACCUCAGGACUAAGUAUGAGCCAGCAUCCUCAUACCACAGCCACCUGGCCAGUAAAUUAGCUCUUCUGAUGUUAAAUAUCAAUAGGAAUAAUGUAUUCACCACAACAUAGCUGGUGGGAAAGAUGCAGAUUAAGAUUUAAAAAGGAAUACUAACAGCAGACUGCAGCACAGAAGGACAACCGGUCUUGUAGUAGCUUUUGUAUAACUUACUCUGAAUAAAACAUUAAGUGUAGAC